UUUCAAUCAGUGCAUCCGUUCAAUUGCAUCUGUGACGUUUUACUAUUAAAUGUCAGAAUGACUAGUGUAAAUGUAUUUGGCUUUGAGCUUUUGCAAAAAUUCCAUGACAAUGAAAUUCAGAAAAAGGAAGAUGUAAUAAUCUUAUUUGUACACUGGUAUCUGACAAAAUCUGGGUUUAAAUGCAUCGGUAUUGGAGAUGAAAAUAUGACUGAAGGAUUAGAAGAAGGAUCUGACUUGCUUCCCGAAAAUUGGAACUUACACGCCAAUUAUACAUUACGCUAUGUAAUAAAUGGGAGAUUAUUUGUACUCAUUGGAAUCAAAUCAAAUGUGGAUCUGCUUAUGAAUUUUUUGGAAUAUCACGAAAAUACUAUUACUAAUAUUCAGUUUCCUAUCGAGAAAACUGUGUCUGCAUUGCAUGGGCCUUUAAAGACCAUAUUACCAUCUUAUGAAGCAAUGUUACGUAGCAUAGAUAAAGAUUUUGUAUCCAAAGUAUAUAUUAAGACAGCAGAUUCGACAACUCAAACAAUCAAUGAAACCAAACCAAGCGAGGCAAGUUCUACGGCAGAAACUACAUCUACAAGACAUGAGGGUUGUAAUUCAUCAAACUGUUCUUACAAUCAGCCAUCAUCACUUCGAAAUCCUGCAUAUAACCCUUUAAGGGUAGGAGUCAGAGACCUUGAUCCAUUGGGAAUAGGUGGUGGUAUGAUAUUUGAUCCUUUUAAUAAUCGUUCUUCAGUUGGACGUCAUCCGGGCUUGGGAGUACCUGGAAUGUUGCCACCCGGUGCAAUACCACCUGGUGCAAGAUUCGAUCCCUUUGGUCCGCAUGAUUUGAGUCAAAGACCACUUCGUCGGGAUCCCGAUAAUCCAUUUUUUUCUGGUGAUCUAAUUUAACAAUAUGUGUUGUGAUGUAUUUUAAUAUAACAUGCUAAAGAAAAAUUUCAAAUGACAAAAAAAUAAAUAAUGCUGAGGUUCUUCGCACACUAUAA